CUCCAUUGGCUGCGGGCUGUCACAUGACCAGAUCGCUGCUUAGACUUCCGGCAACAAGUGGAGCUGCAUGGUGACGUGAUCCAAGCUCAUAAACUUGACACCACCAAAUUGAGUGAAUGGCAGCCACCAGUGACCUUAAAUUUCAAGAGUUUGAUGAUGCAGCUAAAUUACUAGCUGUAAACCCCGAUGCUACCACCGUGAAUAUCAGUGAUACUGAAGAUAGCAGUGGGAAGAAGAAGACAGGGUGGCAAUCCAGAGAAGAGGAAGAGGACUCGCUGGGAAAUGAGGAUUCUGAUAAAACAGAGCUGCUUGCUGGGCAGAAGAAAAUUGCCCCCUUCUGGACAUUUGAGUAUUACCAGACAUUCUUUGAUGUUGAUACUUACCAGGUUCUGGAUAGGAUAAAAGGCUCUGUUUUACCAAUACCAGGAAGGAAUUUUGUAAGAUUGUAUGUCAGAAGCAAUCCGGAUCUUUAUGGUCCUAUUUGGAUAUGUGCCACCUUGAUUUUCACUAUUACCAUAAGUGGGAAUUUUUCCAACUUCCUGCUGCACAGAGGAGAGUCCCAAUACCACUACGUGCCUGAAUUUAAAAAAGUUUCCAUUGCUGCCACUGCCAUUUAUGCAUAUGCCUGGUUGGUGCCUCUGGCUCUCUGGGGCUUCUUAACAUGGAGACACAGCAAAGUGAUGAGUAUGGUGUCCUACUCUUUCCUGGAGAUAGUGUGUGUUUAUGGAUACUCGCUCUUCAUCUACAUCCCUACUUCUGUCUUGUGGAUCAUACACUCCGAAAUCCUGCGCUGGGUUCUCAUGUCUUUUGCCAUGUGUUUGUCCGGAGCUGUGCUCAUGCUUACAUUUUGGCCAGCAGUGCGGGAAGAUAACCGAAAAGUUGCCAUCUCUACCCUGGUGGCAAUAAUGCUGCUCCAUGUACUUCUGGCAGUUGGUUGUGGGGAAUAUUUCUUUGAUCAACCAGAAAUUGACCACAUUCUGCAACCCGUCACAUCCAUAAUCGCCACAACAAAGGGGGAAGUACAGAGUCACUGACAAGAGUUGUGGCCAUACUGACCUGGGUCUAUUUAGUUUA